AUGUUUUUAAAGCAGCUAGACCUCACAACUGCCCUCCGGCCAGCCUAUCUCCCAGACGAAGUCCUUCUCUUUGUCCAAGAUAAUGUGGGGUUGUACGAGGGGAAGUACAAGCUACAGAACCACCAGAAUGGGCAGGUCUAUUUGACGUCGCAUCGCAUCUGCUAUGUAGAUAAGACCGACCCCAGGAAGAACUCGGUCGCCCUGGACCUCAAGGACGUCGAGCGAUAUGAAUACUACGCGGGCUUCCUCAAAUCUUCGGCCAAGAUCACCUUGAUCCCCAAGCCAACCAAGCGCUCCUCGAUUCAGUCAAGAUCCCCAGCGGCAGGGACCGGCUCCCCGAGGGACAACAACAACAACUCUCCUGUCCCGCGGUCAGACAGCCCUCUGAGGCCAGCACCCGUGGACCCUUCCCCUGCGAGCUCGGCGACAUGGGUGUGCACCAUCUGCAGCUUCUCGAACCCGGUGCCUUCAAAUUUCGACCCGGCCACCGCCAGUGCUUUGACUCCGCUUCCGCCAUGCCUGGCGUGUGGGAUCAAGCCAGCCUUGACCCAUGUGCUCAAAGCGGCCAUAAACAAUGCGACGAGCAGGCAGUCCGUGGUGUCACCCCUGCCGCUGCGUCCUCGAGGGAUGUCGGCAGGUGAUGGGCUGGUCGCAGGGAACGAGUCGCCAGGGGCGCGCGACAGUCCUCCCAAGAGCUCUGACCCGGAUGCCUCCUUUCAGUGCCCUCGGUGUACCUUUCUGAACCAUCCGUCUUUGCUAUCAUGCGAGAUGUGCGGCGCGCCGCUAAUCUCGCACGACGUCCCGACGGAACUGAGCCAGCCGGCCCAAUCCCCACAGCUUCAGGAUAGGACAGAUUCUCCGGGUCCGGUUCUCAGCUAUGGCGCACUACCCGGUAUGGAGAACCCUGAGUGUAUCAAGGUCUCGUUCCGGGCUGGCGGUGACAAGAUCCUGUAUGAACGGCUGAAGGGCGCGAUCACGCAGCGCAAGUGGCUCCUGCAAGGCGCUCCUCGUGUCCCCAACCAGAACCCGCUCGCCGUGGACGGGAACUCUGGGGACGGGUCCACACGCGAGCAAGUGAGGAAGAAGACGGUGGGUAUCGCAGGUCUCGAGCAGCGAGGGCUAGACAUGCGGAAGAACAAUGAGCUGGUCAUCGGCACUGCUUUCGAGGACCUCGAGGCACUGAUGGCAUCUGCCAAGGAGAUCGUCGCCCUGGCUGAGGGCUUCUCCAGGCAAGGCAAUGUAGGCCCUGGCUCGUCCGAGGCGAACGCGCUGCUGGCCGAGUCGGCAAGCCAGCUGGGGCUGGUGACGACUAAGGAUAUUGUCGGCGGCGGAAGCAGCAAUGAGUCGCUCUACCUGUCUGAGCUGGCACGAAACCUCGCGGAAUUCCUCACUGACGAUGCGAGGGGUAUACUGAGAAAAGUAGGAGGCAUCAUCAGCCUGGUCGACCUCUGGGCCAUGUUCAACAGGGCCCGGGGCGGGGUGGAGCUUGUCAGCCCCAUGGACUUCGAGAAGGCGGCGCGGCUGUGGGAGAAGCUGAAGCUGCCCGUGCGGCUGCGGACCUUCAAGAGCGGCGUCAUGGUGGUGCAGAGCAUGGACAGGACGGACGAGAUGACCAUCAAGACCCUGCUCGCGUGGAUGCGGGACCUGCACGACGUGCCGCCCGAGAGGGAGGUCCCGUGGGACUGGCAGGAGUUUGGCCGGGGCGUCACGGCGCGUGACGCGGCGGACAGGUUCGGGUGGAGCAUCGGCGUCGCUGAGGAGGAGCUGGAGAUGGCCGAGGAGCGUGGUGUGCUCUGCCGUGAGGAGGGCAUUGAGGGUCUCAAGUUCUGGGAGAACUACAUCGACACGGGCGAGGGCCGUCUGCGCAAGCGCACGGAGGCGCAGGAGGCCGAGGCGAAGAUCUACAAGGCGUUGAGGGAGAGCGGGUUCUUGUAG